AUGGCACAAGCCUUCACCCUCCUGUUUACCUUCCUAGGUGUGCAGUUUGUGCUUGCAACCUUCAAAAUCUGCGCUUUCAAUAUACGCAGCUUUGGGAGAGCCAAAGCGGCAAACCCAAGGGUCAUGGCAGCUCUUGUUCAGAUCCUCUCUCGCUGUGAUAUCUCUGCUGUACAAGAGGUGCGUGACUCCAAGGGCUUGGCCAUUCGGAUGCUGCUACAGGAGCUGAACAGGUGUGACCCUUCUCAUCACUACAGCCACCUGGAGAGCAAGAGGCUGGGGCAGGGCAGCUACAAGGAGCAGAAUGUCUUUGUGUACCGGAUGGAUGUUGUGUCAAUCACAGAUUGGUGCCAGUUUGGGGAGGAGGAUGUCACCGACUCCAAGGCCUUUGCCAGGGGACCCUUUGCUGCACGUUUCCAUUCUCCACAUACAGCCAUAGAGGACUUUGUACUACUCUUGCACCACGCUAGUCCUCGAGAAGCUGCCCAUGAGCUUGACCUGCUCUUUGGAGUGUGCCUGGAACUGAUGCAGCGGUGGAAAACUGAAAAUGUGAUGGUGCUAGGAGACCUAAAUGCUGCCGGUGCCUACAUCCCAGCAAGCGCUUGGGCUAGGAUCCGCCUGCGCACUCACCAUGCCUUCCACUGGCUCAUCGGGGACAAAGAGGACACCACAGUCAGCCACCGGACAUGCUAUGCCUACGACAGAAUCAUAGUCCACGGAGAAGAGCUAUUCCGUGCUGUUGUGCCCAGGUCAGCCAAGCCCUUCAACUUCACAAGAGCGCUUGGACUCUCUGAAGAUGAGGCUCUAGAAAUCAGUGACCACUAUCCUGUGGAAGUGAACCUGCGGCUUACCCCCAGGACCCAGGAAGAGCUUUAAGUCUUUGGUCAGCCUCCUGUUCCUUGAGGCUAAAUGCAAAACAAGAGGAAUAUGGAAGAAAAGAACCACUAAGGUAGCACCUACAUUUAGGCACCAGAUAAACACACAUUAAGCAAAACUCUGUUCCUGAGAUGUUUAUGGCUAUGGCAAUAGACUUUUAAGAGUGGAGGAGUCUAAUUUAUUGUACGCGUUUUAAGUUGCAUUUUCUGCCACCAAGUUGAAGUUUCAGAAACAGACAUGGCUAAAAUCUUUCCAACGGCUGGAGCAUCAGGCCCAAUCAAAAACCUUGCUCCUCCCCACAUUCAAAGGUAGGUGAACACAAAACCAUCAUGUAGUCAUUUAAGUUUUGAGAUUUAGUACAAAUGUGCUUCCUA